CUCUCCGAUCCUCGGCUAUCUGGCAACCCUGCCUCUGGGAACCGCUAGCGCCGCAUCGUUUUAACUUUUAGGUCCUCGAGGCCCAGUUAUUAUAUCUGUUUGAAUUGCUUGUAAAAAUAUCGUUUUUUGAUAAUAAUUACACGGUGAAUUAAAUUAUAGUUCAUCGGUUUUAGAGGAACACAUUAUGGCUACUUCGGCAAUACGUAGGUUAGGUUUUGCAAUGCUUCGACCUGGCCGACAGGCCGGCCAAGGUUACAUUAUUGCCGGGAAAGCCAAGAGAGCUAUCAUCAGCCGGCCGCCGAUGGAACCGGUGUUUGCAGUACCAGUACGCGGCCUGCGGGAAACCGUAUGGACCUUCUUUACUGGCUUUAAAUUUGAUGACACGUUUCACGAAGGUAGCAAGAUAUUUGUUGUUGAUGGCAAUAUUGGAUCCGGAAAAUCUGAACUAGCAAAAUCGUUAGCAGAUAAACUUGGCAUGAAGUACAUGAAGGAGGCACAUGUACAUUACCUUGAUGAAAAGCUGCUUGGUGAAGGCAAGAAGUUUGACAAGAAAUUCAUGGGAAAUGUGUCUAUGGAAGAUUUUUACAAGGACCCAUUUGCAAAAGAUGGACACUCUUUCCGACUACAGUUGAUGAUGUACGGCGUGAGAUUCAUGAUGUAUUCAGAUGUGCUGGAACAUCUCUUCAAUACAGGCCAAGGUAUUGUUAUGGACCGCUCAGUCUACAGUGACUUUGUAUUUAUGGAAGCUAUGUACAAAAUGGGCUACUUUAGGAAAGAAUGCUAUGAUUUUUACAACGAGAUCAAAGGAAUCUCACUGUAUCGUCUUCGUCCACCACACUUGGUCAUCUACUUGGAUACGCCUGUUGAUGUUGCAAAGAAGCGCUUGAAAGAAAGAGAAGGAAAUAACUAUCCGGAGAUUCCAGCUGAGUAUCUCCAUGCAUUAGAAACUGCUUACAAAGAACAGUUUCUUCCAAUGAUGGCAGAGACGAGUGAGGUUUUGACAUACGAUUGGAGCACUUAUGGAGAUGUUGAACAGAUUAUUGAGGAUAUUGAAUUUCUAACUUUUUCCAACUCUCCUUGGAACAACAUGGUAAACUCUGAUCUAGAUCGGCUCUACAGAUUUAUUGCAGACAAGUCAAAGGUUGCAAGAUGUCUGGAUAUGGAAAAAUAUCUCCCAGAAGUUACGUUUGGAGGUAAACAGAUCUAUGACAUUGUGAGGGAGUUCAGAGAAAUACCUGGCAACCAAUUCCAGAAAGGCUACAAUGAGAGUGAAUACAAUCAGAAAAACCUCUGGAAAUUACUAUUUAAAUAGCUUAAGCAAUGUGUGCUAACUAGUAGUCAUGUAGCCAGGCACGUAGCUUCACACUCAUGUGAACAUGUUUGCUGCUGAUUUUGAUUGGUUGACAUUAACAAUAACUAGGAUUUUGUUUGGCCAUCAUGGAGAAUAUACAAUAAUGACCCACACAUAUUUACAGGCAUCUUUGAAGUAGAGGCAGUUGCGCUGCAGGAUUCAUUUACCCAAGAAUAAAUUUGGAACACUGGACUGUUCACCGUAAUGACUGCAAAUGAUGAUGACAGACCUUAAAACAUUGUUGCCAUACUUAACAACUGGUUCAAGUUAUCUUCUGUUAACAUACUUGUACAUAUAUAUAGAUCACCUCCUUAAAUAUAAUUUGUAAUUCAUUAGUUGGAUUCCAAUAAACCUAUAAAAUUGUGGAAUUGUGAAAA